AUGUCUAAGCCCCGUAUUGUCGAUCCAAAGGCCAUCAAGGCCUUUGGCUUGACGCAAAUCUAUACCCCGCGCGAUAAUCCAACGAUCGAUAUCGUCUUCGUUCACGGUCUCAACGGCCAUCCUCACGACUCUUGGACUAGCAAAACUACUGGUUGCUUCUGGCCUACUGACCUUCUCCCGGACGUGCUUGCCUCGCAGUGUCCCCGCAUUCUCACUUAUGGCUACAAUGCCAACGUCACUGCCUUCACAGACGGAGCUUCGCGUGAUUCUGUCGUCAGCCAUGCAGAGACUCUUGCAUCCAGUCUCGCUGCUAAUCGAAAUCUGCGAGACUGCUCCAAUCGUCCGAUCGUUUUCAUAUGUCACUCGCUGGGGGGCCUGAUUGUGAAACGCGCCUUGAUAUACUCUCGUAGUCUCUCGAGUGAGAAGACCGAGCAUCUACGCUCCGUCUAUGUUUCGACUUUUGGCAUCCUCUUCCUCGGUACACCUCACAAUGGAUCUGACAUUGCAAAAUGGGGUAUGCUAUUGCAAAAAAUCUGUAAUGCUGUGCUCCCGAAGAAGUUCAUGGAAGCGUCUCCGCAGCUUGUCAAAGCUCUGCGGACCAACAAUGAAACCUUGCAGAACAUUAACAGUCUAUUCGUUGAUAUCAUGGGCCGGUUCCACAUCUACUUCUUCCAUGAAACAAGGUCCACCGAUAUGCAUGGUACCCGCGAAGUGAUCGUCGACGAGCACUCAGCCGCACCAUACAUGGAGGGUGUUGAGAGGGCGGGUAUCGAGGCUGACCACAGUCAUAUGUGCAAGUUUGACGAUGACAAUGCGGCGGGCUAUGAGGUUGUCGCGGAGGCGAUUCUCCGGUACUCACGCCAGGCUCCUGCUGUGAUUACGGAUCGCUGGAUGGAAGAGAGGAAAGCCCGCACCCAGGAAAAGAAGGCUAAGGCUAGGGAAAUCUAUGACGCAAGAAUAGAUGAUCCGGCAAAUCGAAGCAUGCCUGAUUUGAACGAAACAGCCACACUGGCUGACUUCUUCAUAGGCCAAUCCGUAUAUCUGCCGCGCUCUCCUGCGACAGAAGGUCGGAAUUCCCCAGUGUCUGAUCUGGGAAACAGUCAGCUUCUCCAAAUACCCCAGUAUUCCACCAAGGAUUCGGCCCUAUUUGUGGCACCUGCGGGGUUUCAUCCUAAUGCUACCUUUUUUGGAAUGGAGAAAGAACUUGAAGUGUUACAUAACCGCUUGUUCAGGGCCAAGGCGCGUCCAGAAAAGACAAUGGCCGUACUGAUCUCGGGCGGUCCAGGCUCCGGCAAGACACAUCUAGCACGGCAGUACGUAUUCACUCGGCGUGACUGCUACCCAGGAGGCAUAUUUUGGAUUGACGCCAAGUCCCGCGAAUCGACGUACAAGUCCUUUUGGGAGAUUGCACAAGCAGCCACGCUAAUUGAACAGAAAGUGACCGGAAACCCUGAGUAUCACGAGACUCAAAAGUACGUGGAUGCAGUCCGUAAUUGGCUUCAGACACGCAAAGAUUGGCUCCUCGUUUUCGACGGUGUCACCUUCGACUGCGAUGACGAUAUUAAUAAGUUCAGGGAGGUUUUGCCGUGGAGCCAGCAGUGCAGUAUUAUAUACACCUCGGUUGAUACAACACUGCGCAAAAAGCAGCGACUGUACGAGCCAUAUUGCCUGAUGAUCUCGCGGCUGAAAGUGGAAGACGCUUGCAAUCUUCUGUUCAAGGAUCUUGGGAUUAUGCGAGCGACACCCGAGCAAAUCUCGAAGGCUAUCCGGAUAGUUGAGCACUAUGAAUGUCUGCCUUUGGCAAUCCAUGCAAUUGGCCACCGCCUCAAUGCAACGGGUAAACCGAUUGAAAAGUAUCAUGUCAAAUCCCAGGUGACGGACAAGAAGCUCGCAGAGCCUUUCUUGAUCAUCAUGAAUGAUUUGUUUCGAUUGCAGCAAAAGCAGGCGUUGCACUUGAUUAAUCUUCUCUCAUUUCUUGGCCACCAGGUGCCAGUGGGCCUUCUGAGCCUCGGUCGAGCGGCUAUGGCAGCUGCCAAUUUGGAGAUUCAGACCAGUGCCCAAGCUGGAGAAGAUCCUGAUCUCGAUACCACACUUGGGACUCUCAUUCACUAUGGGUUGGUUGAACGGAUUUCAGAUGCCAACCUUUUCCAGCAAGGAUUAUCUGUGCUUCGUUUUGAGGGUGAUCAGAUGAGCUCUGAUGUGAAGACUGUCCCGGAACUCUCAGAUUCCCUAACAGAGAGCAGCCAAGACGAAUUUUUCUCUAUUUACCGUCAUGAAUCAGUGGUUGACGUAGUCAAGAUCCACAGUGUGGUGCAGGGGUUCUGUCGCGAUGAGCUCCGCAUCAGGGACGAGGAGAACAAAGGCAGUAUGAGCAAGAAUGAUCCUGGUUACUUUAAUACUUGGUUGAUUGUUGCCACUCGUUUUCUCAUCACGUCUUACGAAGCUGCUAGGGAGCGGAUGGCUCAUUACGAAGACUGUGGCCUUGUCCGGGACCACCGAGAGUACGAAACUCACGCUUUACGACUGCUUGAGCUCUUCCCAAAGAAAGCGGCAAUCAAUAGCCAUCCACUAAUCGUUCGCGAAACGCGAGAGAAUUUGCGACAAUUGACGAAGUUCAUAGGCAUGCAAAUAGAGCACAUGUCUCCAAGCUCAUCACACCACUCUAUACGGCAUCAAAAGUCGGUUUUCGAUAGGUCAAGCAGCUCGUCAUCAUCCUUUCGCGAUUCGUCAGCCGAUGAAGGUCUAUCGCGCCGGUCUACAUUCAACUGGAGUGAGCUCGGGUCACCUCGAGCGGAAUCUCCCGAAGAGAUCACCAUGCCACAUCCUAAGUUCAGAUUAGAGCUUUUCCCACCACAUAUAUUCAGAGAAGCCGGGUAUGAAUCUGAAGAGGGCUAUGAAACGGACGGCGAAGAUAAGGAAGCAAUUCAAGUCUCUCCGGCCAUGUCACAAAUGAGCCAAGCCACGGACAAACCGAGCAAGAUACCUCCCUCAUCGACUCCUCCACCAAACACUGGCUUAUCGGAGUGGCAAGUAGUCAACAGACGCUCAAGGCCCAGGUUAAAUAAAGGGAACCAGAUAAACAGGUGGAAAAAAGGUCCUCGUCGCGUUAGAGAUACCAAGGUCGACACUCCGCUGGUCAAACUGUCCGAUAUUCAAGGAAGAGGAUCAUCAAGCCGCACAGCCGCUGUCGAAACAAGGAGCUCUUUGAUGUCGGCUUCAGAGGCCGAACAAGCAUUAGAUGCAGUGCGUCGGUCUAGCAACUCUCAAUCGUUUGCCGACGCUCCGCAUCCUACAAUCACUUCUCCACCAGCAAACAAAGAGAACAUGCCGACGUAUGCGACUGUUGCCACUCGACGAAUGUUAGAGGUAGACUCUACAGCGAGACGUCCAUCAUCGUUUUCCACUUUGCAGGCUUUGGAUCUAGGUAGCGGGUUGCAUUCAAAUGGUGGCUUGCAGAUGACACCGUCCACCGAGUCCCUCGACAGUCAAGCGGGCUAUAACUUUACGUCCCCGCUAUCUCAGGAUGUGACUGGAGAAUUAAUGACAGAGCCUCUGAGCCGGACAACCUACAGUGAGCCUGAGUUUGAUAGGCCCAAUUACCACCAAGGAGGAGAUUUAGAUACUGCGCCCGGAUCCCGGGCUCCCUCUCGCAGUCCCUCUCGGCGUGGUUCGCUGGCACAUCUGGAGGUCCCACGAAGUCUAUCUGCAAGCGUGCCAACCCUCACUCCAUAUACACCACCGUUCCCAUACGAUGAGGACAUCUCCGUCGCCUUUUCAAGCCGCAGAAGACCCUCUCAAUUAGCAUCGGGCUCAAUAACAGCUUCAGAUGACCUCAGACCUUAUCCCAUUUCUCACCCAUCUGCGAUUAUGCCUGGCGCAUUGUCAUCGUCUAAUGCCAGCACACAUAUAGGCUCAGCCCCAGAGCGCUCCACCCCUGGGCCAAUGUCACGUAAUUCUUCCGGAUACUCCCAUCAAUCGUGGGCGACAGAGCCCGUGCGGUAUCCCCCACGGUUCUCGCCAACUCCAAGUUUUCAGCAAGGCUCCGUAAUGAUUCCAAGUCCACCGCUGAGCAUGCAGCAUCAACAGCAAAUGUCUGCCGGGACCGGUAGCUGGACAAAUGAAUCGCCUCCUGCAGGCAGUGCUCUCCAGUCAGAUCCCAACUACCCCAGUCCGCCCAUGUCAUCACAUGGACAGUUCAGCUCAAUGGAUGAGCGACUGAAGUAUUCCAACCAGGGCUGGAACCCGGAGACUGAUCCAGUGCGGUAUUUGUACUUUGGCGGACACCGCGUUGAUGUGCGAGAUGCACGACAUCGACUCCAUGGAGUUACCCGGCUGAUGCCCCGGCAGCCCCAGCAGUAUCAACUAUACCAUCCGAAUUUGUCGGGUCCUUUGAUUCAACACGAUGGUCAGGUCUAUGGGCCUGCACCCCGGCAAGCGGUGUAUGGGACUCGUACGCGCAGUGGGAGCUCUCCUACGCGUCUUGAUUAUGAUGGCUUUGGUAUGCGGUUCCCAUGA